GGAAGUGAUGUGCUCACAUGAAGCACAAGCUCAAUGUAAAUCCUGAAAUAAAUGGCAUUUUUUUUCACCGAAGCACUGUGUAUCCAGGGGCGGACUGACAACUCAUGGGGCCCCCGGGCAAUAGGGGAUCAUGGGGCCCCUGUGUCCUUGCCCAAACUCAAAAAAGCCUAUGAAAAAGGUACCAGGGGCAUCUCAUGGGACCCCCUACUGACCCCGGGCCCUUGGGCAGUGCCUGAGUUUCCAAAUGGUCAGUCCGUCCCUGGUGGUGAC